AUGGGUAGAAAACGUAAGCUUGAAAAUGUGCCGAAAACGGAAAAAGUGCGUAAAAUUUCAGAGUUUAUGUGUGUUUCUCAAAUUAGACAAUCAGAGGAUAAUGUUAGCGAGGAUUUAAUUACGGACUUAGAGUGUAGAGACGUUGUUACUGAAUCUCAAAGUCAGGAUGUGAGUGAGAGGGCAAAAGCUAGCGCAAAAAGGAAAUUUAGAGAGGACUGGAAACUCAAUAGGCCCUGGUUAAGUUACAAUCCGCAGUCAAGAUCUAUGUACUGUUCUGUGUGUAGUUCGGCAAAUGUUACAAAUUCGUUCACUACUGGAUGUGAUAUUAUGAAAAAAGAGAAUGUGACAAACCAUGAAAAAGCAAAGGGAAAAAAUGGUCACCUCGCUGCCCUCCAGAUUAUUGAGGCUAGUAAAAACUAUAAGAAGUCCGCUGAAGCUCAGCUUUCCAAAUCCGAGGCAGCAGUGACUGCAGCAAUGAAAAACAUAUUCUUCAUGACGUCCAACAAUCUACCCAACAUGUUGAUCUCCAACCUCAAUGAAUUAUGCAUUGAUCAGGGUUGCUCAAGUCUCCAGUCCUUGAAAGUUGAUCGACACACCACCUAUGAACAUAGCACAAGCGUCCAAGAAAUGCAGCAAUCUAUGGUAGACGUGAUCAAUGACAAAUUUAAAAAAGAUCUCAGUGACUCAAAGUUCAGUAUAAUGGUUGACGAGUCUACAGAUAUUUCAGUUGAUCAGAACAUGCUUAUAUAUGUUAGAUUUCUUGAGCAAUCUCUAGGGUGUUUUGAGCCAAAAAGUGUUCUACUUGAUGUAUGUAAACUAAGGGAUGGUGCCACAGCUGAACAAUUAAAAAACACAAUACUUUCUUCCUUUGACAUUCAUGAUUUAAAGAUAAACAAUCUUGUAGGGAUUAGUACAGACGGUGCUGCGGUCAUGACAGAAAGAAAAGUGGGUUGGUGCAGAAAUUAAAGUCUGAAAACCCGAGCAUCCUUGCCACCCACUGUAUUUCACACCGCCUAGCUCUUGCUAGUGGCCAGGCUGCAGAUUCUAUUCCAUAUUUUUUGAAAUACCAAGAAAUCAUCAAUGCCAUUUACAAGUACUUUGAUAACUCCCCAAAGAACAUGGCUCGUCUUGAUAAAAUAAAUGCUGUCAUGAUGAGUGCAAGUAACUCUUUGAGGUUCAAGCAGGUUUUUCAUACCAGGUGGUUGAGCUUCGAGGGCAGUGUAAGGGCAGUAUGUGAUAAUUAUACUUCUUUGUUGAGUGUUUUGAGUGAGGACAAGGGUGCAAGAGCUCAAGGUUUGUUGAAAAGUGUUUCAAAUGUUAAGUUUUUAUAUGUUUCUUACUUUCUGGCAGAUGUUUUGAAGCCCUUGAGCAUCUUGUGCAAGGGAUUUCAGUCAAAGCAGCAUUGACUUCACUAGUGUAUCUGCGUCUCUGGAAUCCACCACUAGUGAAGUCCUGAGGCUGACUGAGUCUAGACAAGGCAAGAUGAUGAAGGAUUUCAAGACAUCUGUACCAGAAUUUGUCUGUGAGAAUGGCUAUUUUGAGUUCCAUGGGCAUAUGAUUAAGGACAGUGAGAAACAGAGAGAGGAAGCUGAGAGAUGUUGUGGGCAGUUUGGGGAGAAAGUGGUUGAAAAUUUGAAGGACCGGUUUGCUGAUGUGGGAGAUAGUAAGGUGUUGAGAGCAUUCUGUGGUUUGUUUGACCCUGCUGUGUUUGUGACUGAGGGAGAAGUAUUGAAUGAGUGUGUAGACAUUGUCAGUGAUCAUGUGCAUGAGGAAGAGUUCAGAGAUGAGUAUGAGUGCUUCAGGAAAGAUGUAAUGUCAAACUAUGGUAAGGUUGCUAAUGAUGUGAACAGUGUAUGUCAGAUUGCAUUAAGAAAGAGAGAGAUGUAUGGGAUUGUUGCUGAAGUUGCUUACAAGCUUUUAUGUGUGCCUGUAUCAAGUGUAGAGUGUGAGCGAGGGUUUAGUGUGCAAAAUCUUGUCAAGACUAAACUGAGGAACAGAUUGGACACAAACUCAUUGUACUUAUUAAUGAAACUGAACAUUGAUGGUGGUGACCAGAAGUCAUUUGAUUUUGCUUUUGCCUAUAGAAAAUGGAAAAAUGUGAAAAGCAGGAGAAUUUGUGGGUAUUAGUAUCAUUAAUAAAUAAAAAAAGAAACAGAAUGAUUUGUAGCCAAUUGCUAGUAUUACUUUUAUUAGUAUUAUGACAUACUAUGUUUUUUAAAUCUUGCUUGACAAUGUUUAUACUUGUAAAACAUAUUGAAAAAUUUAGAAAAAAUAAAAAUGUUAAAAUGUUUUAAGUUAUUAUUUAUCAAGAAUGAUCUAUACAGUCUGGAAAGAAAUUACAGCUGGGAACAUCCAUAAAUGUUAGAAAUAAACUGAUGAAAUAAACUAUUAAAAUGAGAAUACCCCCAACCCCCAUAUACCCGCAUA